AUGAGCGCAGCGCAGCCCCACCAACAAGGCCGUAGGCAUUCUCUGAAUGCCUACUUCAGCUUUGUAGAGCCUGCGAGUUCAGCUCCUACCAACAAACAAGGCAACGGUGAGAAGGAUGAGUCAUCGCAGCGACCAACUGAGCAGCACCAUAAGCAGAGCUUACAAAAAGCAAAAGCAGAAGAGAACGGCAGUCAACAACGGCCAGCAGCAAACGUGAUCACACCAACAACUAAGCAGGUACCAGCAAGUACGCAGGCAGCGAAAAACAACAUAAAGCAAGGUCAACUGCAAAUAGCAAUUGAAGCACUGGCCGAUCAAAAAGUUGUCCUAAAUCAACUUUUGCAACAGCGUGCAGAGGAGCUGCCUAUCCAGUCCAAAUUCCCCAUAAAGAACGAAGAGCAGCUAAUCAGUUUAAAUGACCAGCUUAACAGCGAAAACAAAAACACUUAUGUUAAAGCUAUGAGAUCGCUGCUGCAACCUACCGGCGUUUUGAAGAAUUUACGAAAUAUUUUGAGCGAUGAAAUAGCAAUGGCAUUCAAUGUCGAUGGAGUGCAGGGCAAAAAGUCCUUAAAAUCCCUUCAAAACUUUUAUAACGCACUACUGGACUCCAUUCCGUUAAAUGAUGGGAAUGGUACUGCAGACGAAAAACUGCGUAAAGCAAUACAGUUGCAAAAAAAACGCAUUUUUAAAAGCGCUUGCAUGUCCACAGACAAGUCACAGCAUCAACAGACACAAUAG